GGUUUUUGGUGUUUUAUAACACCAGAAAAAUGUGAAACAACAAAAGAUUUUACAAUCAUAAACAUAACACACAACGUUAUUUGUUAUCGAAUAGAUAGAUACUUAUUACGCGUGUGUGUUGUUUUUAUUGUUUUUUUGUUACCGAUUCUGUUCCCAACCCAAACCAUAUCAUCAUUUCAAUUUUUUGCCGAACAUUGAUCCAAUCAAAAUUACCAAAAUGGGGCACCCCAGAAAAUGAAAUUAAGAAUUUGGCGAUUCUUUGAUUUAGAAAAAGAUUCAAUUUUUGAUUGUUUCUUCGUCAUUGUUUUGUUCAGGGUGAUUGAAGAUCAAGAACUGAUUAUCGAUGAAAUGAAAAAAAUCGGAUUUUGAUUGUUGGGUGAUUGGUUUUUGUUGGGUUUUUGGAUCUUGCUGUUGAAGGGUAGAUUUGGGGUUUCGGUUUUUGUUGUUUUGGGAUUGUUGAAGAUGAAGUCUGGGUCACUUGAUCAGUGGAGGAGUUACUUUAGGUCGUCGAGUUCGGAUAUUUUCGAUAUAAUUGACCAUGCGAUUGUUGUUGCUGCUGCUGAUUGUCCGAAGGAGUUUAAGUUGAGGAGAGAUGGGAUUGCUGAGAGGUUGUUUUCUGUCAUGCUGAAUCGUUGCAAGGACUGCGAGAAAGUUGAAACACCGGUUUCUGGUAAUGAGAAUGAUGAGGUUUGCAAGAGAGGUUUUGUUAGAAAUGGUGGGAGUAAGGAGAGUAAGGCAAAUUGCGGUGGGGAAGAUAAUGGAGUUGUGGAAGUGAAUCCCGUCAGCAAUUACACCUUUGGAGACGCUGAAGCUCUCACGGAUGAGCUCGAAGCAGAAUCUGAGUUUCUUGCUGAGGUUUUGAGGAUCAAAGGUGUUCUCGAUAACUAUGAAGAUGAGUCUGACUCGGUGCUGUUUGAGUCUCUGAGGAGGCUUCAACUGAUGCAUAUCUCUGUGGAUCUUCUUAAGUCAACUGAGAUUGGAAAGGCUGUCAAUCCUCUCAGAAAGUAUGGAUCAAAGGAUGUCCGUCAACUCGCCCGGGUCCUCAUCGAUGGGUGGAAAGAAAUGGUCGAUAACUGGGUCAAGGGGAACACAGCGAAACCUGCCGCAGAAGGAGGCACACCGGAUUCCAUAAAUCCGUCUGUUGUUGAGAAUGCAGAAGAUGAGGAGGAAGGAGGACUUCCAUCACCUCCUUUAGACGACGGGGCUUUCUUUGUUUCUCAACCCGGUGCAAUGGAGCUCUCACAGUUCUUCGAUGGCAUGGAUGAUGACGGAAAUCUUCGUAAGAGUGGACCUUCUAACAAGAACCGUGAGAAUGGCAGAAAGCCGGCUUCGGACACUCUAGUUAAGGACAAGAGGAAUUUCCCGGUUUUCAACGCAACCGCAAUCCCUGCCAAUGACAACAAGAGUCAGCAAAUGAAGAAGACUGAGGCUGCAGUGAGGCUGAACAAACCGGUAGCUGCUGAUGCUGGCCGCGGAAGACCAAUGAACUCGAACAUUCAGCGGAAACCUAAUGUAGAGCAGAGGCCGCAGCAGAAAGCUCAGAACGGUACUGUGCCAAAGAGGCCUCUCAAUACUCAGCAAGAGAAGCCCAAAUGCUUAAGUGAUGCUGAUAAGCUCGAAGCUACCAAGCGGAAACUUCAAGAGCGUUAUCAACAAGCUGAAAACGCCAAGAGGCAAAGGACUAUACAAGUUAUGGAAAUCAAUGAACUUCCAAAGCAAGGAGCUGGCCAGCGAAACACUAAUUUCAAACCGGGAAAUCACAACCGGCAAUGGGCUAAUAACGGUCGUAGAUAGAGUCGCGGCUAGUUUCGGAGAGGAAGAAUAGCGAUAACAUGUUUUUACCAAACAUUUACAUGAUAGAAGAUUGAUCCCCCUUCCUCCUCCUCAUCUUGAGCAUAGAAAAUAACAAUUAUACAUUCACCAUUGAUAGAGUUAUUUUGGAUUUUAGAGAGGGAAGUAAACUUUGAAACAUUGAUUAUUUCCCAAGUUUUUAAACUUAUGAGUACAUAGGAAUUUUGUUGGUCCAAGAUUUUGGAUUUGGAUUUUU